AUGGAGAAGCCUACUACAGAGUUCAUCGAGCAUACGGACACCCAACAACUCAGCCAUAUAGCCAACCGGGAGGAUCACGAACUAAGCAAAUGGCGAAGCGUCAAGAAAUACCCAUGGAUAUUUCUAUGGUGUAUUUAUGCCGUGUGGUGUAUCCUGCUUGUCAGCUUCGAGAACCAAGCAUCCGGCAACGUCACCAGCAUACCGGAGUUCCGCAAGGACUUUGGCUUUUAUUAUGAAGGGAGUUAUGUACUAGAGGCAAAGUGGCAAUCAGCUUUCAGUGGAGCGCCCGUCGCAUCCGCUGUCAUCGGAGCCCUUUGCUCGGGACAGAUCGCUGAUACCAUUGGGCGUAAAAUCACAAUCGGGGGCGCGCUUCUGAUCUCUGUCGCGGGUAUCACGCUCGAAUUUGUGGCGACGACGAAUCAGAUGUUCUUCGGUGGAAAGUUUUUGAAUGGAUUUGCAUUAGGCGCGUUGGCUUCUGUGCCUAUGACUUAUGUCGGCGAGAUCGCUCCCCUCGCCCUCCGCGGUACACUUACUUGCCUCACAGCACUAGCCUAUGUGAUCGGUCCUCUCGUCGUAGCCUUGAUUACCAAUACAACGGGCAGUUAUACCAGCCGCUGGGCCUACCGCGCCGUUUUCGCAGCACAAUAUGGCUUCGCCGCAAUCGCCGUCGCCUUAAUCACCUUUAUGCCCGAGUCCCCUUGGUGGCUCAUCUCCAAGUCUUUGGAAGACAAUGCAGACGAUUCCCUCCGUAGACUGGGAUACAGCGAAACCGAGCGCCCUAAGAAGAUCGCCAUCAUCAAAACCACACUUGAAGAGGUACGCGCUGAGACAGAAGGAGCUACCUACUUUGAAUGCUUCCGGCGCUCCAAUCUGCGAAGAACAGUAAUCUCCAUUGCCCCGCUUAGUAUUCAGGCGCUCUCAGGUGUUGUGUUUGCAGCGGGCUAUUCAACAUAUUAUAUGGAGUUAGCAGGAUACAGCACACAAAUGAGUUUCAGACUCCAGAUUGCACAGCAAAUACUCUCACUUGUCGGCAAUGUCAUGUCUUACUUCGUCAUUGAUCGUCUCGGUCGCCGGAACCUCAUGAUCUACGGCCUCGCCGUGCUAACAGUCAUCCUGAUGCUAACGGGUGGUCUUGCCGUCGUAGCUUCUCAGACAAAUAACCCCAACGCGUCAGGCGCAGUGAAAGGAACUGUCGCGAUGAUUUUGAUCUAUUGCUGGUGGUACAAUAUGACAAUCGGGGCUGCAGGGUAUACCAUCCUGACGGAAGUUUCCACAUCGCGACUGCGGAUUAAGACAAUUGCUAUUGGGUUGGCGUUGCAGAAUGCGUUAUACACAAUGUGGUCAUUCGUGUUGCCAUACCUCUUCAAUCCCAAUGAGGCGAAUCUGGGUGCGAAGGUGACGUUUGUAUUUGGGGGUUUGAGUGUGAUCUGUUUGGUCUACUUGUGGUUUUACCAGCCUGAGACCGCGGGACGGACUUAUGCAGAGUUGGAUGAGAUGUUCACGAAGAGGGUUCCUUCGAGGAAAUUUAAGAGUUAUAAGACUGAUGCUGAGGCUAUGGGAAUUGCUGUGAAAUGCGGUGCUGAGAGUGAUGUUUGA